AGAAGAAGAAGAAGCAUUCCACCGUUUAACCGGCCGGCGUCUUCUUCUCCUCAAAUUUAACCGUUGGCUGUUUUGGGUUUUUUUUGGCGGGAUUGCGCUGAUGUUCUGAUGAUGUUCUGAUUCAGCCUGAUGAGCGAUGAAUGAAACCAGCAGCGAGUGGACCGGACCGGCGGAGGUUCUGUUGACUUCGAGCCUCCGAGGAGGAUGGAGGAGCCGAGGAGGCUCAGCGGGUCCUGGUUCCUCGGUCGUGUCCUCGUCCUCUCCGUCCUGGCUGUGCUCGUGAGCUGUCACGGCACGUGCAAACACCGAGCCGAGGAGGUCCAUCACGUGUACCUGAAGCCUGAGCGGCUGACGAAGAGGAGCUCACCUGAAGACCUCCAGCUGAAGAUCAAGAUCAUCUACGACCACAGCGUGGACCGGCUUGCUGCAGACAAGAGGAGGCUGGUGAAGGAGAAGCUGUUUCCUCAGGCCAUCGACUACCUGCAGAGAGCCUUCAGUGUGCGGCGUAGAGUCGGUCCUGUGCUGCUCAGCAGACAAUGUUCCACCAACCAGUACCUGAGGAAGAGAGAUGACCCGCAUCGCUACUGCCAGGACGCCUGUGCAGACGUCACCCGGUGCGGCCCCGUCGUGGUUCCACAGCACCACCUGCAGCAAUGUAAAGUGUGCAGUGAAUCGGGGAAGUCUUGUGGCCCCCUGGGGCCCCCGGACGGCCCCGGAGUGGAAGGGUCCGACUUUGUGCUGUACGUCAGCGGCGUCACCACGGAGCGCUGCGGUCAGGAGAACAUCGUGGCCUAUGCUGCUUACUGCCAGCUGGAGGCAGAGCUGGACAGACCGAUAGCCGGCUACGCCAACCUGUGUCCCAGCAUGAUCUCCUCUCAGCCACAGGAGUUUGAAGGGAUGCUCUCCACCGUCAAACACGAGAUCAUCCAUGCUCUGGGAUUCUCCGCUGGUCUGUUUGCGUUCUACCACGAUGAUGAGGGUAAACCUCUGACUCCUCGCUUCACCAGCGGCCUGCCGGCCUUCAACGAGAGUCUGGGUCUGUACCAGUGGAGCGAGGCGGUGAUCCGGAGGGUGAGUCGUCUGUGGGACAUCAGAGGAGGAGUGAUGGUCCGACACCAAGUCCACGUCCUCGUCACUCCUCGAGUCGUGGAGGAGGCCAGGAGACACUUCAACUGUCCCAUCCUGGAGGGGAUGGAGCUGGAGAACCAGGGAGGAACGGGGACGGAGCUCAACCACUGGGAGAAGAGACUGAUGGAGAACGAGGCGAUGACUGGUUCCCACACUCAGAACCGGGUGUUCUCCCGUCUGACUCUGGCCCUGAUGGAGGACAGCGGGUGGUACCGUGCUAACUACAGCCUGGCCCAGAGGCUGGACUGGGGCCGAGGCCUCGGCUGUGACUUCGUCAUGAAGAGCUGCAAGUUCUGGAUGGACAGACAGAGACAGAGACGUCACUCUGUGACUCCGUACUGCGACACCGUGAGAGCGUCUCCUCUGCAGCUCACCUGCAGACAGGACCAGCUGGCUGUGGCCGUCUGCAACCUGCAGAAAUACCAACAGGAGCUACCGCUGGAGUACCAGUACUUUGAGAGGAUCCCUGACGUGUCCUUGGACCAGCUGCCGAUGUUCGGCGGUGCUGUGGAGAUCGCCGACUACUGUCCCUUCAGUCAGGAGUUCAGCUGGCACCUGAGUGGAGAAUAUCAGAGGAACUCGUACUGCAGAGUGUCGGAGAACCAGCCAGACUGGUGGAGGAACUAUGGGGCGGAGCAGUACGGACCGGACUCUGUGUGUCUGUACCAGAAGUCGGCCUUCAUCAUGGAGCAGUGCACCAGGAAAAUGACGUAUCCGGACUGGGGCUCCGGCUGCUACAAGGUGUGA